CGCACGUGGCUGGCAGCAGCUGCCGCGGGCUGGGCCGGCUGGAGCCGCACGAAGCGCUUCGUCCAUUUCCGUCCCGGAGCCCGGCAGCCCGAGAGCCCGAGCGAGCCGCCCCGGCGGGCCGGGCACAGCAGCGAGCUCGCCCCGGAGCAGCCAUGAGCCGCAGGGUGGUGCGCCAGAGUAAAUUCCGGCACGUCUUCGGGCAGCCGGUGAAGGCCGACCAGAUGUACGAGGACAUCCGGGUGUCCAAGGUGACAUGGGACAGCUCCUUCUGCGCCGUCAACCCCAAGUUCGUGGCCAUCAUCGUGGAGUCCGGCGGCGGAGGGGCCUUCAUGGUGCUACCCUUGGCCAAGACGGGGCGCGUGGAUAAGAACUAUCCCCUGGUGACUGGGCACACGGCGCCCGUGCUGGACAUCGACUGGUGCCCUCACAACGACAACGUGAUCGCCAGCGCCUCCGAGGACACCACGGUCAUGGUCUGGCAGAUCCCCGACUACGUGCCCAUGCGGAACCUCACGGAGCCCAUCGUCACCCUGGAGGGGCACUCCAAGAGAGUGGGCAUCAUCACCUGGCACCCCACGGCUCGCAACGUGCUGCUCAGCGCAGGCGGAGACAACCUGCUGAUCCUGUGGAACGUGGGCACGGGCGAGAUGCUGCUGACCCUGGACGACAUGCACGGCGACCUCAUCUACAACGUGUGCUGGAACCGCACCGGCAGCCUGCUCGUCACCACCUGCAAGGACAAGCACGUGCGCGUCAUCGACCCCCGCAAGCAGCAGGUGGUGGCGGAGAAAGUCAAGCCGCAUGAAGGCGCCCGCCCCAUCAGAGCCAUCUUCAUGGCCGAUGGCAAGAUCUUCACCACGGGCUUCAGCAAGAUGAGUGAGCGGCAGCUGGCGCUCUGGGACCUGGAGAGGUUUGCCCCGCACGAAGGAAUGAGGCCCAUGCGGGCCGUCUUCACGCGGGAAGGACACAUCUUUACCACGGGCUUUACCCGCAUGAGCCAGCGGGAGCUGGGCUUGUGGGACCCGGAGAACUUUGAGGAGCCGGUCGCGCUGCAGGAGAUGGACACCAGCAAUGGGGUGCUGCUCCCCUUCUACGACCCCGACUCCAGCAUCGUCUACCUUUGCGGCAAGGGCGACAGCAGCAUCCGCUACUUCGAGAUCACGGCCGAGGCGCCCUACGUGCACUACCUGAGCACGUACAGCAGCAAGGAGCCCCAGCGCGGCAUGGGCUUCAUGCCAAAGCGAGGCCUGGACGUCAGCAAGUGCGAGAUCGCCAGGUUCUUCAAGCUGCAUGAGCGGAAGUGCGAGCCCAUCGUCAUGACAGUGCCGCGGAAGACCUGUUCCAGGACGACCUGUACCCCGACACGCCCGGCCCCGAGCCGGCGCUCGAGGCGGCCGAGUGGCUGGCGGGGAAGGACGCGGAGCCCAUCCUCGUCUCGCUGCGGGAUGGCUACGUGCCGCUCAAGAACCGCGAGCUCAAGGUCACCAGGAAGAACAUCCUGGACAACAAACCUCCCGUGGGGCCGCGCCGCAGCCACUCCACCUGCGAUGCCAAUUUCUCGCGGCCCAGCCUGGAGGAUCUGCUGGAGGAGAUCCGCUCCCUGCGACAGACCGUCCAAGCGCAGGAGAAGCGCAUCUCUGACCUGGAGAACAAACUCUGCAAAUUCACCAACGGCACAGCCUAGCGGCCCCCAUGCCGCAGCCCCCAGCGGACCCAGCCUUAUGGACAGGAUUCAAUCCAACCCCCAGGGGAGGAGCUGGGAGACGUGUUUUCCCCUGGCCCCGGAGCUGCGGGCAGGCCCCCUGCGGGCAAGCCUCAGCCCCUGGCGCCGCAGGCAGUCUGCAGAGGAGCCCAGCUGCUGGUGGUGGUGGUGGAUUGCUCGGCUCUAGGGGCUGCUCCCUGGGGCCUCUGCUGGCGAGAGAUGCCGACCCCCCUCUCCCUCCCUGGCUGUAACUGAUUCCGCUUCCCGCCCUGUGGCUGACGUGUGGGGAAGCCCCGUGAGGGGCAGAGGGGUGGGGAAGGUCCCUGGCUGCCCACCCUGAGCUGCUGCUAAUCUCUGCCCCCGUCCCCAGCCAGGUCCAGGUGCUGGCAGUGGGUGGUUACGUGGGUCACAGAGCCCAGCCUUCUGAGGCAACCUAUUUAUGGGCAAACCCUCAUCCCUUGCACUGUGGGGGCUUGCUGGGCCCCCUGCCUGCUGGGUCCCCAUCCCCUCCGCCCCCUGCCCUGCGCGUUUCUGCCUGGGCCCCCUGACAUUGAUUGGCCUGGGGAGCUGCUCCCUAGCCCAGAGGCCUGUUUGUGGUGAGCCUCCAUCUUCCCACUCGGCCCCAUUAGUGGGAAAGUUUCCAGCCAGCAGCCUCAGCCCACUGCCUGGGCACGUGUUCAGGGGGGACUCGUGCCAGGCAAUGGGCACCGCAUGGGCCGGGAACCCAGGCUGGGUGAGGGCCCUGGCAGCCAGCCCCUCCCAGCGCACACUGAAUGGUGGGGGUGCCAAGGCAAGGCUGGGCUCUUGGGAGGGCAUCGCUCAGGCCUGCUGCCGUGGGGUGUAGCACAGUGAGCUCAGGGACUCCCCCCGCCAUGGAUGGGCAGGCAUUGAGGUGGGAGCCCUCAAAGCAGAAGGGGGCAGAAAGCCCCCCCAGCCCAGCCUGCCCCAUCCAUGCAGGGCCCCCAGCUGAGCUGGCACCCUGCCCAGCCCUGCCAGCCACGUGCAUGUGGGUCCCCGCUGGUGAGGUGCCCCUAAGCAGCAGCCUGGCCCUGGGGACUCCGCUCUCCCUGCUGCCGGGCCAGGCCUGCUACAGAACCCGGAUUUUGGUGGCGCUGGGGGCUGCGUGUCGCCUGCAGGUUCUUGGCCCCCUGGUGUUGUACCUGUCCCUCAGCAAUAAACGCUGCAUUCUCUGACCCUGGUGUGGGGGGUGAGCAUGGGGGGGUGACCCCAGGGAUCCCGGCACCGUGCCAACCACCCCACCAGCACUGAGCCCUGCACUGUGUGCCCAGCUGGCUACUGGGGGCUCCCGGGGCAGGAUCUAGCCCAGCACCCCCCCAGCUGCCUGCAGUGGGGAGAUAGCUGCCCAGAGGGGGACAUGCAUGCAGCCAGCCCCCAGGAUGUCCCCACCCCACCCCAUGGCAGCGGCUGCAGGGACCCUGGAGCCCAGCAGUGUUGUGCUGUAACCAUUAGCCCACAUGACCUCUCAGCUAGUGAGCAGGAGGCACAGACCAUGCUCUGGGGCGUCUCCCA